CUAGGUUGUCCCGAUUCUCAGUUCAUCCCUAAAUUUGAUUUUGCAAAUCUUUGAAUUCCUCCAUGGCCAGAAAGCGAAAGCAAAGCUCCUCUGACCCAGAACCCCCGAAAAUAGCGUCGGAACCUCAACCGGUCCAAGAAAAACAGCAGCAACAACCUGUAUACAUAUCCGAAGAUCCGAACCCGAACCCAAUCGUGGACGAAGAACAGCAAAUACUAGAAGUGGAAGAGGAAAUCGAAGAAGAAGUAGAAGUAGAAGAGGAAUUUGAAGAAGAGGAGGAGGAGGAGGAGGAGGAGGAGGAGGAGGAAGAUGACGAGGACGACGAAGAAGCGGAAAACGAAACCUUAGUAGGUUCAUCAUACGCGGCCGUCUUAAAUGGAGCACCCAGAGAAGCGGGUCGAGAAGAUGAAUCCGACGACGAACCGGUCGAGAAAAUUCUAGAACCGUUCGCUAAAGAUCAAUUGAUUACCCUUAUUAAAAAAGCGGUCGAGAAUCACCCGGAUUUUAUCUCGUCGGUUCGGGAGUUCGCGGAUGCGGACCCGGCCCAUCGGAAGAUCUUCGUACACGGGUUGAGUUGGGAUACCACUGCCGAAACCCUUACCGCCGAGUUUUCAAAGUACGGCGAGAUCGAAGAAUGCAAAGCGGUUACUGAUAGGGUUUCCGGGAAAUCGAAAGGGUACGCUUUUAUUCUAUUUAAACAUAGGAGUGGGGCGCGGCGGGCUUUGAAACAGCCACAGAAGAAGAUCGGUAUUCGAACCACUUCUUGUCAGCUGGCAGUGCAAGGACCGGUUCCUGCUCCGCCUCCCACUGGUCCACCGGUUUCCGAGUAUACCCAGAGGAAGAUUUUUGUUAGUAACGUAUCGCCUGAAUUGGACCCGGAGCAUUUGCUUGAGUUUUUUAAACAGUAUGGGGAAAUUGAAGAAGGUCCAAUGGGGCUUGAUAAGCAGACAGGGAAACCUAAAGGGUUUGCUCUUUUUGUAUAUAGGUCGGUCGAGAGUGCAAAAAAAGCAUUAGAGGAGCCUCAUAAGAAUUUUCAAGGUCAUGUUCUUCAUUGCCAGAAGGCCAUUGAUGGGCCAAAACAGACUAAAGGUGUUUCUGGUGGGCAUCAUCAGCAGUAUCAGCAUCAUCACCAAGGGCAACAUCAGAGCCAGUCUCAUUACCAUCAUGCUAAGAAGGGGAAGUAUUCGACUGGUGGGUCAGAGACUGGUCAUUUGAUGGCACCAUCAGGGCCUGCUGGAGCUGGGUUCAACCAUGGUGUUGCUGCUGCUGGGUUUAACCCUGGAGUGGCUGCUGCUGCACCGGGUUUAAACCCUGCUCUGGGACAAGCUUUGACUGCGUUGCUCACUUCACAGGGAGCUGGUUUGGGGAUCGGUAAUCUGCUUGGAGGGUUUACUGGUGCGGCUGCGAACCAGGGAGCACAUGCUGCCGGUUAUGGGAAUCAGGUUGCAGGAGGCUACGGAAACCAGAUGGGGGUGCAGGGUGGGUAUCAUAACCCACAAUUGGGGCAGGGCGGUGCUGGUAGGUCUCAACCUGGUGGUGGUGCUCCUUAUAUGGGCCAUUAGGUAAGCCCCAAGAUUCUCUCAUAGAUGCAUCAAUCAUUUUUUUUUCGACUCUGGUGAUUCUGAAGUUACUGGCACUCUUUGCAAAUGUGGUCUUUAAAUUUGUAACAAAAGUCAACCUCAAACCUGUAUUUUUAUUUCUAUUUAGAACUCUUUCCCCCUCACUUGUUUUAAAAAAAGAUGUACUAUUUCAGCUUGGAUAUUCGUUUCUUGAAAAGUGUUGGGGAACAGGUAGAAUUUCCUCGCAGAGGACACAAUUGCUGUUUUCAGGCUUUCAAGUGUUACGCAAACAAUGACCUUUUUUUUCUUUUUUGAACAUUUUCUUAAAUUGACAGAUGUUUUAUGGUGACUAUUUCUUAUAUGAAUCAGAAUGUUUUUAAUUUA